GGGCGGUUAAGCUGUUCGCGGCGUUAGCCGCUGCAGCCGUCCUGGUGGGUGGGUGAGUGAGCAAUCCACAGGCGCCGGCUUGUGCGCAAGGAACUCGCCCGUCAUCCGCUCCCGCCCACACAAUGUCGCAUCCGCCCGAGGUGCAGACAGGUAGCGUCGUCGCCGGUGGUCGUCCGGGCCUUUGCAAGAAUUAAAAGGGUCCAUGUCGCAGUCGCAGACAUAUUCCGGUGUCACCCGUCCGUUCACUUGGCUUCUCCCACGUCAUUGUCAUUGCGCUGGCCUUUGGCUCCUGUUCUGCGACAGCCUACGGCCGAGACGCCUGGUCUGGACAAUCUACUGAUUGAUUAGAUCGAUUGAUAAUCUUGAGCCGAAGAACAACCAGAAAAAAAGCCUCUCCCGUCGCCGCCAUCGCCAUGGCCGCAGUCAACGGCCCCCCGCCGCAUCUCGCGACGGAACAAAAUCCGCAGCUCGUUACGGACCUGGAAAAGGAUCGCAUCAGAGAUAGCCAGCAAUAUGCCGAAAAGGACCCCGAGAAAGAUGGCAGCGAGUCGGACCCCGACUCCCAAGAGAUGCAAGACGGUGUCAAGCGCGUCGAGGCCAUCACUCAGGUCUGGUCGCGCACUGAACUCAUCGCCAUGUUCAUCUUCCUCUACCUCGUCACAUUCGUCGACAACCUCCUUCAAAACGUCCAGGGCAACCUUGUCCCCUACGUCACAUCUUCCUUCGCGCAGCAUGCCCUGCUGUCCACAACUGGCGUCAUCGCUACCAUUGUGGGCGGCGUCUGCAAUCUCACAAUUGCCAAGAUGAUCGACAUUUGGGGCCGCUGCGAGGGCUUCAUCUGCAUGGUGGUCCUAGUCGUCGUCGGCAUGAUCAUGAAGGCUACCUGCAAGAACGUCGAGAUGUACGCCGCCGCCCACACCAUCUACUGGGUCGGCCACCUCGGUCUAGGAUACGUCAUCUCCAUCAUGCUUGCCGACAUGACCACCCUGCGCAAUCGUCUCAUCCUCUUCGGCCUGCAGCAGACGCCCCUCAUCGCCAGCACCUUUGCCGGCCCCGAGAUUGCCAACCUGUUCUACACCAACGUCAACUACAACUGGGCUUUUGGCUCCUUCUGCAUCAUUCUCGUCGUGUUCUGCUUACCCAUCGCCGUCGUCUUCGUCAUCAGCAAGCGCAGGGCGGUUAAACAAGGCCUUUACCCCCCUCACGCCAGCGGUCGCACCAAGUGGGAGUCGUUCAAGUACUAUUUCGUGCAGUUUGAUGCCGUCGGCAUGUUCCUCACCGUCGCCGGAUGGUCCAUCUUGCUCCUUCCCUUCAGCAUUGCCACUUCGGCACCCAACGGCUGGAAGACGGGCUACAUUAUUGCCAUGAUCGUGCUCGGCGUAGUCCUCUUGGUCGCUUUCGGAAUCUGGGAGAAGUACUUUGCGCCCGUCAGCUACUUCCCCUGGAAAUACCUCAAAAACCGCACGAUCCUGGGCGCAUGCCUCGUCUAUGCCUUCAUGUUCAUGAGCACCUUUGCCUGGGACACGUACUACGGCUCUUACCUGCAGGCCGUCAAUUUCCUCGACAUUACGAUUUCGGGCUAUGUCCUCAACAGCUUCUCCCUCAUGUCCGCCUUCAUCAGCCCCUUUGUCGGACUCUUCGUCCGCUACACGGGCGACUACAAGUGGCUUUCCAUUGCUGGCGUCCCCUUCUCAAUCCUGGGAACCGCCUUGCUUAUCAAGUUUCGAACCCCCGACAGCGAUGUCGGUGUACUGGUCAUGUGCCAGCUGUUCAACGGUCUUGCCACUGGCAUCUGGGCCAUGACCGCCCAGUUGGCCAUCAUGGCCCAGGUACAACACCAGCAGAUUGCUGUCGCCAUUGCUAUGUUUGGUCUUUUCGGCUCUAUUGGUGCCUCCAUCGGCCAAGCCAUUGCAGGAGGCAUCUGGACCAACAUUCUGCCGGACAAGAUCGCCGCGGCGCUUCCCUCCGACAUGCAGGAUCAGGUCGCGCAGCUCUAUGGAAACCUGUCUGCCGUCGUGGAGGCACCCCGGGGAAGCCCCUCGCGCGAGGCUGUCAUUGAGGGCUAUGGCAUCGUCCAGCGGUACAUGGUCAUUGCGGGUGCUUGCUUUAUCCCGCUGUGUUUGGCCGCGCUGCUGCUCUGGAAGAAUGUCAACGUCAAGAAGCUGGAGGCGGAGAAGGGUAAGCAGACCCGGGGCACCGUUUUCUAAGCGAUUGGCAUGCAGGGUCAGGCACUCGGAAUCUAGCAGGCGAAAAGUAAUACCAUAAUCUAUCACUCGGCCUUGAUGGCCAAUAUGUUUGGCAUGUGCUCGUCAACAACUAGUCACGACUAAUAGAAGAGCGAGGCAUAUAAACUGAGUGACGCUGAGUGUUGAAACACACCUGUUCUAUUAAAGUAGCUGAACUGCAACUAAUUGGCAUGUAAUGGAGAGAAUAAGUACAGAUAUACCGUGGUUACAAUACUUUUGCGACAAUGGACGAG